CGAUAAUGUUAUUGUAAUAAAACAUUUAAAUAAAUGUAUUUACCUACUUGGUUAAUUUCAAAUUAAACCAUUAUUUAAAGUGAAUGAAUUCACAAGUGCAAAAGUGGCAUAUUUAUAAUAAAAUCCAAGUUAACUAUUAAGCCUAAACAGCUACCUUAAGAACAAGAAAAAAAGCGGUAAAAAUUUUAAAAAUUUAGGGUCAUUCGGACGUGAUUUGAUUUUUAAUAUUUAAAAUGUCUCAUGGUCCGAAUGCCUCGCCUAAAAAAAUGGAGAUGGAGAAUCCGUUCUCUACUGAAAAACCAACAGUGAGAAAUAUCACUUCUAACCAAAAGUACAAAGCGUUAUUAACUACCCAAAGUGAACCUGGUGUUGAUAAAAUGAUUGGGGGUGUGAAAGUUAACUUGCCAGUGAAUCCAUAUGGAAGUCAAAUUGCUUUAAUGUCAAUGGUAAUAAAAGCAAUCAACAAAAGUCAGAACUGUUUGUUGGAAAGUCCGACUGGAUCGGGGAAGACUUUGGCGCUACUGUGUGCAUCGUUGGCCGCACAGAAACAUAAAAGAGAUCAAGUACAGGCGAAACUCGCGCAAGAUUACUUUCAAGAUCACCCUGAGUUGAGCACAUUGCAAGGCAAUUCGGACCUAUCAAAAUGCAACAGCCCUGGUGAGGACAUCUUCUCUAAGGCUAAUAAUGAUCUCAGCAUUUAUAGCAAACCGUCUACAAGUGAAGAAAAACUUUCUACCUUUAAACGACUGGAACCUUGCAACAGUCCUCCAGAUACUUCAACAGACUCCCCAGAACUAGUCAGUAUACAUAAGAGGCAGCGGCUCAGUAGUCCCGGGAGUAAUAAACAGAAUCCCGGGACCCCGGUCACACCGGAGAAGAAGCUACCGGUCUCUGAACCUACCACACCUCAGGAUGUACGAAAACUGUACUCGCUAGUCGACAACCUGCGUGUAAGGACAUCCAUGAUCGUUGAUUGCAGCACACCCACAAUAUACUACGGGGCGCGGACACACAAGCAAAUACAGCAAGUGGUGAAGGAGUUCAGUAGAACUGUGUACUGGAAGCAAGCGACCAUGAGCGUGCUGUCCAGUAGAGAGUAUAGCUGUAUACGCGAGUUCGAUAGGAAACAGUGGGCGAGCAAGAAUGACAUGUGCAGGGGGUGUGUUAAGACCUACGAAGGCGUUCGUCCAGGCUCAAGCAACUGCCAGUACUACGACAACAGAAAAGCACUAAAUCACAAGACAUUAGCCCCAGUUUUCGACUUGGAAGAUAUAGUAAUGGCGGGAGAACAGUUAAAAGCCUGUCCGUAUUAUGCAGCAAGAGAAUUGGCGAAUGCAGCCAAUAUUGUCUUCUGUCCGUAUAAUUAUUUGAUUGAACCUAGUAUUAGAGAAAGUAUGCAAAUAAACGUAACGGACAAUAUAAUAAUAAUCGACGAAGCGCACAACAUUGAAGACGUGUGUCGGGACGCGGCUACGUUCACCGUGAAACGGGCACAGAUUGCCGCUGCUAUUUUGGAGCUGCAAAAAAUGGCAGAAUACAAGUAUCAAGACUCAAUGGGCUCCAUCGAGUAUUUGGCGAAGAUUCUCUCAAAUUGGGAUCAGUGGUUCGUGAACCAAACGCCCUUACUCAAUAAACAGCCAGAGUUCGGAAAUGAGGUUAUCCACGUGUGGGCGGUGGAGAACUUUAUGGCGACCUUGAAUAACCAUAAUAUUGGCAUGAAGCAGUAUGGCGAAUUUCAGUUGCACGCAGAAAUGUUCGUCCGCAAACUUCGCGAAGACCCGCGCGCCAUGUUGGGCGCAACUCAAGCUACGGGCAUUCUCAUUGAAACUAUCGCCACUUUUUUAGGUUAUCUAUUUCGCGAUAUGGGCAAGUUCGCGGAUGACUUUGUCCCGGCGCUCGUGCGGUCCACCGCGGACGAGGGCUCCAACGUGUCUUGGAGGAGUUCGCAACAAAAUCAGACCGCAGACGACGAUCUAGUGCUCCGUCUAAUAUGCAUGAACCCGGCGGUAGUGUUCGCGGCGCUGAAGCCGGCGCGGUGUAUAAUAUUGGCGUCGGGCACGCUCACACCGCUCGUGAGCCUGCACUCCGAGCUGGGGGCCGACUUCCCGCUGCAAGUGAGCCCCAGCCACGUGAUACCGAGGGAACGGGUGUGGAUAGGCACGCUAUACGAGUGCCCCGACGGCUCAGAUCUGGACUGCACGAGCCGCGCCAGCAACAGGCCCGGCACACAGGAUGCACUGGGGGCGACGCUGCUGCACGUGUGCCGCGUCACACCGGCCGGCGUGCUGUGCUUCCUGCCCUCAUACAGGCUCAUGAACGUGCUCGUCAAACGUUGGCGCGAAACUGAUGUUUGGGAUGAAUUGAAUAGACUGAAAAAUGUGUUCAGCGAAAGCCGGAAUGUUCGUGAUCACAAUGAAAUCAUGGAAGACUACUACCACUGCACUACAACACAAAAAGGCGCGGUAUUGUUCGCUGUGUACCGCGGCAAAGUGUCUGAAGGGAUGGACUUCAAGGAUCAUCAGGCUAGAGCUGUUAUUAUAAUAGGUGUGCCAUUCCCGAAUAUGCAUGACGUAGCGGUGAAAGAAAAGAUCAAAUAUAAUGAUAAGUACUCAAAAAGCAGGAACUUACUGUCAGGCAGCAUGUGGCUUCAAGUACAAGCGUAUAGGGCGCUAAACCAAGCAGUAGGGCGCUGCGUGCGGCACCAGCGCGACUGGGGCGCGGUGCUGCUGGCGGACGCGCGCUUCCGCCUGCCGCGACACACCGACCACCUGUCCAAGUGGGUGCGCAGCUAUAUGGGUAACAACCACCACACAUACAACAGUCUGCUAAAUAGUGAUAAUAAUUUAGAAUCUUUCAUGAAAGCCAUGACCUUACAAGAUCUUGAAGAUUCCAUGUGACAAAUAAAUCUCUUUUUUGUAUUGUUAUAUUCUAUAAGGUUUUGUUAAUUAAUCAAAUACAAGUUAUAUUUUUCAAUAAUUUAUUUCUUAUCUCUUAACUUAUAUAAAUAGGUAACAUAUAAUUUUAUAACUUGUAAAACUUAAUGUUAAGUAACCAUGCUUUUUCGUUUUUCAUACAAGCGUUGGUUAUUUGUAUUUCUUUCGAAUCCUGAAACAAAAACAUACAUUAGGCAUCAGUCAAUCAGACAAUAUAAAAUCUCCAAU